CAGAGAGGAGCUGACUGACUGGCCGGUGCUCUCGGUUCGUGCAGCAGCAGCAGUUAGGCUCGGCUCAGGCAGCAGACGGCGGUCCAUAUCUACCGAUUUCCGGCCUUGCUCUUUUUUUUCUCUUCUCUUCUCUUUUCUUUCUUCUCUGUUGAGAAAUAAUAAUGUCAGCCAGACCGGGAUUCUACCGGCAGGAGUUGAACAAGACUGUAUGGGAGGUUCCGGAGCGGUACCAGAACCUGACGCCGGUGGGCUCCGGAGCCUAUGGCACGGUGUGCUCGGCUUAUGAUGUGGUCUCGAGGCAAAAGGUUGCGGUGAAGAAGCUGUCCAGGCCCUUUCAGUCACUGAUCCACAGUCGCCGUUCAUACCGCGAACUCCGGCUUCUCAAGCACAUGAAACACGAGAAUGUAAUAGGGCUGCUGGACGUCUUCACGCCUGCGGGGAGAUUAGAAGACUUCAACGAACUUUAUCUGGUGACCAAUUUGAUGGGUGCAGACCUCAAUAACAUCGUCAAGUUUCAGAGGUUGUCCGAUGAGCAUGUGCAGUUCUUAAUUUACCAGUUGCUACGUGGCCUUAAGUACAUCCAUUCAGCAGGAUUGAUCCACAGAGACCUUAAGCCAAGUAAUGUGGCAGUGAAUGAAGACUGUGAGCUAAGGAUCCUUGACUUUGGAUUGGCCAGACAGACAGAUGAUGAAAUGACAGGAUACGUGGCAACUCGUUGGUAUCGAGCACCCGAGAUCAUGCUAAACUGGAUGCACUACAACCAGAAUGUUGAUAUUUGGUCUGUGGGUUGUAUUAUGGGAGAGCUGCUGAAAGGAAAAGUCUUGUUCCCUGGUACAGACUAUAUUGACCAGCUGAAAAGAAUCAUGGAGGUGGUUGGGACCCCGACACCAGACCUGCUGAAAAAGAUCUGCUCGGAGCAUGCCCAGAAGUACAUCCAGUCUCUUCCUUUCAUGCCCCAACAAGAUAUGGAAAAGAUCUUCAGAGGAGCAAACCCUCUUGCCAUUGACCUGCUGAAGCGCAUGCUGGUUCUGGACUGUGAUGAGAGGAUCUCAGCCAGCGAGGCUCUGUCCCACCCUUACUUCUCACAGUACCACGAUCCAGAUGACGAGCCAGAGGCUCCGCCUUAUGACCAAACACUUGAGAGCAAGGACCGAACUCUAGAGGAGUGGAAAGAGUUGGUUUUCGAGGAGGUGAACAGCUUUAAAGUAUCCAGCAGCAAGACAGAUAGCCUUCAGGUGGAGCAGUAAGCCCCUCUCUGCUUCAUCCCCCACCAGGAGAAGAACCCCACACUUAUUGGAUGUGAAACAGACUAUGGCAGGCAAAAGGAAAUUAAUUGUGUUUGAUCGUGUAUAUGAGUCAAUCGGAGUGGCAGGUCAUGGCAGCCUCCACGGGAUGAGACUCAAACAUUCCAAUUACAGGGAGUAUGCUUGGGAUCAGAUUAAAAGGACAUUUCCAGAGCAGAGAGUUGCUUCUUGUUACAUUUCCAGUCGCAGUUGGUUCAAUGAGGAACUGUUCAAUUUUAAAUGGAUUAUUUUGGGGGAGGAGCUUCCAGUGGCUGAUCUGUGUUUACAGGCAAAGAAAAUGGUAAAGAAAAAGGAAAACAUACGCACACUAGGAUUUCCAAAGCAAUGUCAGGGACAUAUCACCCAUCAGUUCUAUGAACCUAGUGCUUUCAUUAAUGGAAUAUAUAUGUUUAACCCCACAGGGUCCCUUCAUUUUGUGCUUCACCUGUAUCCCUUGGGCAAAAAAUGUUCUUUAAAGAUUGACAGAGAAGGUUUAUACUGUAUAUCAACAAAUCAUUUUCAUUAAUGCUAUUAUUAACCUCAGUUCUCACCUUGCAUAGUCAUGGAUGGUCUGAAAUUGUAACCCCUUAAAUGCCUGUUAACAUUUCAAAAAAGAGAUUUGAAUGGGACACAGAUUUCUAUAUUUAGUUUAAAAAGUAUUUUAAAGACUUUAAUGAAAAAAUUAAUUAUAAAGAUUUAAAAUUCCCCCAAAAACACACAACGUGGUCAAAUAUUACCCAGUUUGCAGCAACACAGCCACAGAUUUUCCAAAAUAAAAUUCAAAAAGUGCAAAAAAUGUCAAGGGACCUGGGAUGGUUAAAGGCGACCUGCAUAACAAUAAAGCAUGAUUUAUCACCAUUUUACAGUCAUGUCUCAUAACUGGUACUGUAUUAUAAUCUCUCACUGUCUAUAUUGCACAAUUGCAGAAGUAGAUCAAUUUUCAACUUGUUCUGUCCACCAAACAAUCUGUGGACAAACAGCACACAAACUACUUUUCCUUCUCUCCUGCCUACUUAAAGGUAAACACCAACUGUGCUGUUAUUAGCAAGGUUAUAAAUGUAUGCCAAAGCUGGAAGAGAGUGAUGAUCCUUCAGGUCUGUGUUUACAGUGUAACCUUGCUUCACAUAUACACAUUCUGCUGAUGGCUGAUUGUUGAUUAACUGCUAGCUUUGACUACUCUCCUUUAGGCUCCAUCCUUAUGUGAGUUUGUAAUGAUUAAUAUUAAUUAAUAUAUAAAUUCUGUGGACGAUUAGUAUCAAAUCUCAGACGGUAUCUGUCCAAUAAAGCUUAACACUCUCAUAUAAUUUGGAAGUCAAUCCAAACAACACCGGCUGUUCUUGGCAGGGUCAUAAACAGGGUCAUAAACCUCUGCUUGUGUUUCCCAGGUCUGUCCUAUUCUUUCCUAAUAUUGGCUAUUAAAAGAGGGUAUGAAUUUUUACUGACACCAGGGUCAGUGUAUUACAUUUUUCUUUAGCUGAGUUUCUUUAUUUGAUCCUAGCCUAGUGCAACAUUUUUACCCAACAUCAUGUGAUGCAACCCCUAGACUGAAAUGUAUGUAUGUACUCAGUACCUGUGCAGAUUAUUACAUAAUCUCCUUCUUCUCUUGCUGCACACUAGAGUUUUGUUCUAACCAUUUGUUGUAACAAACAGAUGGUUACACAGCAGUACUUGAGGUUUAUGAAAGAGGUGGAAAAUUACAAUUUUUAAGGGUCCCUCAAGAGUGUUAGGCAUGGGCCAGGUAGAGGUUUUUAUAGUUCUUCAUGAUAAUCUGGAUUAAAACAACCAGUGUCACACUAUUUAAAAUUAUAAAUAUAAACAUAAACAGUGAUAUUUAGUAACAUAACAGGAUGUAGUUGCUACAUAUCAGCUAUCUAACUGCUCUCUAAAUACUACAGACAAAAUAAUAUGACAUACAGUUGUAAUAAUGUUAGCUAUAAAAUGUAUUCAUUAUUGUGAUUUUUAUAAACAGACUUUCUUAAAAUUUUUAAUAAAUACCUGCUAAAGGUAGUAGUAGUUUUUGUCAAUGUACCCUUUACAGAGUAACACACAUUUAUAUAGCUGAUCUUAGCUGGGUAAUUAAUUGUGCUAUCUCUUAGGUUAGCCAGCCUCCACUCAGCUGCUUGUAACUUGCUAACAGUUGUUUAAAACAGUGUUACGUUAAAAAGAGUGAUGGUCGGUGCAUCUUUAGUUUUCACAGCACCAUCCAUGUCCAUGUUUUGCACAAGCAGAAGUAUUUCCAAACUGCCCAAAUCUGUUUUUCUUUUGAGCUAGAAAAGAGUAUAUUACGCUUAUUUCAGCCAGCUGACCAAUCUGUGUGCGUGGGCCAGCACUACAGUACACUAUUGGCACACUCCAUACACCUGGACGAAACCAUACACCUGGACCGACACUAUCUCUGAGGUGUCACUAAAAAGAACUUCAAACCAUAAAAAACAGUAUGGAAGAAAGUUUUAGGAGUUUUGAAACAGUACUUUGUAAAACUUGUGUCUUGACACCAAUAACUGGCCCAUGCCUAGAACAGAUCUAUUAACAUUUGUCAAUCUUAGAUGAAAUAUAGGCAAAUUCUCAAUGCAUUCACAAAGUUUCUGAAAAUAUAACAUGGAUAUGUUAUUUUGGGAUGUAAAAAGUUAAUUGAAUUCUUUAAUUUACAUCAGGUUUAACUAACAUUUGGUAAUUAAUUGGCUUAAAUGACAUGUUGACAUAAAUCUAGCUUUGUUAGCUUGUUCGGUUUAAAUCGGUUGUAAUAUAACUAGAAGCACUGCAGUUUUAGAUAUACAUUUCUGGAAUCUAGGUUCAAUUUUGUAAUAUAUCACUGAAUUUGUGGUGAUUUAAACACACAAAAUAAAACUGUCCUUUUCAAAUUUAAUGCAACCAGUGUAAUUCUUUACGCAUUGCUAACUUAGUACCACAGAAAACCUAGGUUUAUAUGUUUACAAGUUCUCUCCUUGUUUUGUUUUGUUUGUUUUUUUUGCCAAAUGUAGCAUUUUUAGCAAAUUGUCCAUUAACUCUGAAUGCAAAAUAUUGAAUCUACUGUCCUAGUAAAGUGAAAUGGUCUCAGUAUAUUAAAAGUCUGAAUGUUUAAACAUCAUGUGCUUAUGUUAUGUUGUAUUUGUGGUGGACUUGAAUAACAGCUACAUACUGAAUGUAUAUGUAGUUUAUACUCUACAUGUGUUUGUUAAGUUAGUUGUGACUUUUGAAUACAUGUUGGCAUGUGAUUCAGUUGUAUGAGUUUCAGAUCAUUGAAAUGAAUAUCAGCUCAUUGAUUGUAAAUGAUACAGUUAAUUUUCUUAACAGGUAUUUAUGGAAGUUUGGACUUAAACACAAUAAAUACGAUUUUUGUUUUCCUAAUGUUUUCUGCAUCAAAUAUUUAGUCAGUCAUUUUUAUGUAUUCUGGCUGCAUUAUUAAAAAAAUAUCCUCCUAAA